GCUCCUAAAGUGGCGUUUCUUCUUCUUUUUUGUGCUGACGAAUCCAUAGCGGAACUGUUGCGGAGCCUGGUUGCGUAGGAAGGAUUUGAUCCAAACACUACCUCACUCAGGCUGAUGCAAGCUGUCAGUUUACUGUGAGAAGAGUAUUGUACGUGUGAAGAAGAUGACAGACUGUCAGGGAGACGGAGAAGGAGCGAAUAGUCCAAUGGGGCUGUACGAGAAACUGACAGCUCAAGGAGACAAAGUCAGAACCUUGAAAACAGCUAAAGCUGAGAAAGCUGAAAUUGAUGCUGCUGUGCAGUUGCUGCUAAAGUUGAAAGUGGACUACAAACAGAUGACAGGUCAGGAUUACAGAGCAGGAUGUCCACCCUCAGAAAACUCUGUUGUCCCUGACAAUGGGCCAGCAGCUGAUGGUGCCGAUGAUGAAGACACAGUUGACCCAUGGAACGUUUCCACCACCAGUGCCAAGGGGGUAGACUACGACAAACUCAUAGUGAGGUUUGGCAGCAGUAAAAUUGAGAAGGAGCUGGUGGACAGAAUAGAAAAAGUCUCAGGACAGAGGGCUCACCGCUUUCUUAGAAGAGGAAUCUUCUUCUCACACAGAGACAUGCAUCAAGUGCUGGAUGCAUACGAGAAGCACAAGUCCUUCUACCUUUACACUGGCAGAGGUCCGUCCUCUGAAGCCAUGCACGUUGGUCACCUCAUCCCUUUCAUCUUCACCAAGUGGCUUCAGGAUGUAUUUGACAUCCCUUUGGUGAUCCAGCUGACUGACGAUGAAAAGUAUCUGUGGAAGGAUCUAACACUAGAGGAGUGCCACCGCUUCGCUGUGGAAAACGCCAAAGACAUCAUCGCCUGUGGCUUUGAUGUCAACAAGACCUUCAUCUUCUCUGACCUCGACUACAUGGGCGCAUCCCCUGAAUUCUACAGGAAUGUGGUAAAGGUCCAGAAGCAUGUUACGUUCAACCAGGUCAAAGGCAUCUUUGGCUUCACAGACAGUGACUGCAUUGGAAAGAUCAGCUUCCCAGCCAUCCAGGCAGCCCCAUCCUUCAGUAACUCUUUCCCACAGAUCUUUGGAGGCAGAAAGGACAUACAGUGUCUCAUCCCCUGCGCCAUAGACCAGGACCCUUACUUCAGGAUGACCCGCGAUGUAGCUCCAAGGAUCGGCUAUCCCAAACCAGCGCUGCUGCACUCCACCUUCUUCCCCGCCCUGCAGGGGGCGCAGACCAAGAUGAGCGCCAGUGAUGCCAACUCCUCCAUCUUCCUCACGGACACACCAAAGCAGAUCAAAAACAAGAUCAACAAACACGCAUUUUCGGGGGGAAAAGACACGGUGGAAGAGCACAGGAAGUACGGCGGAAACGCCGACGUAGACGUCUCCUUCAUGUACCUGACCUUCUUCCUGGAGGAUGAUGAACAGCUGGAGAAGAUCAGACAGGACUACACAAGUGGAGCUCUCCUCACAGGAGAACUGAAGAAGAUUUUGAUUGAGACUCUGCAGCCAAUGAUCGCCCAGCAUCAAGAGAGACGCAAACAAGUCACAGAUGAGACAGUCAAGCAGUUCAUGACUCCAAGGCCUUUGAAUUUUAACUUCUAGCCCAUUUGAGCAUCUGAGAUGUCAUUAUGUUGUUAAUCUCAAUACGAGAACAAAUAAUGCAUCCAUCUUUUUUUCAUGUUUAAAAUCCAUGUAAUUUACUAAUGGGAAGAUGGACAUUUUCUCAUACAGUUUGCAUCAGAACUGGAGAAAAACAGAAAUGUGAUUUACUGGGGAUGAUGUGCUUUUCUGUGUCAAAACUAAGCAUGGCAUCGCCCAUGCUUUCAUGCUGACUGCCAUUCUAGCUGUUAAAUGUAUACGUUUAUCUUCAUGAAGUGUUUGUGUUCGCAGCGCACAUGAGCCCUACCCCUCACCCUGAGAUCAGUUCAGGAGUGAAAGAAGGUUAAAGUGGAGUAGAAAUUCAUAUUGUGGCAAAAUCUGCAUAGUGAUCAACAAUAACACAGCUACACAGCCACUUUGCUGAAUGUUGGUUAAGAAGUCUUAUUUUACCGGGAGAAAAAUAGCCUUCAGGACAAUAACACAGUGUGUUGGAUAUGGUGUUAAGAGGGAGGUGUUGUAUGAUUAUAUGAUAUAUUAUGAUAUGUUCAUCUCUUAAGAGUUUGAGCACAUACCAGUAAGUCUUCAUCUGUUCUUCACAAAGGGAGCAAAAGCAAAUAUAACUGUCAGCAAAAGGGACUUGAAUCAAGGUAAGCUUUUCUCUAAGCAUGGUCGAAAUCUUCAACUUAUGCCCAGACUAAAAAUUAAACUGUACUUCAACAACAAA